AUCAGACAGGCCAAGGUGCAGAUCCUCCCAGAGCGGAUCCUCCCGGACCCCCUGACUGCAGUGCAGCUCACGCCACUGUCCCGCCUCCACAUGCACCCCUCCUCCAGACCCCCCGCCCAGAGCUGCAGACAGACCCAGCGCUGGUGGGCCACCUACCGCCAGGUCUGACUCACACAGACAGACCCACCCACCCACUCUCACUAAGUCACACCUAUCACCACUUACAUACAGCUAUUCUCACUCACACAUACACAGAGUGUACAAAACAUUAGGAAGACCUUCCUAAAAUUAAGUUGCACCCCUUUUUGCCCUCAGAACAGCCUCGAUGCGUCGGGCAUGGACUACAAUGUGUCAAAAGUGUUCCACAGGGAUGCUGGCCCAUGUUGACUCCAAUGCUUCCCACAGUUGUGUCAAUUUGGCUGGAUGUCCUUUGGGUGGUGGUCCAUUGUUGAUACACACGGGAAACUGUUGUGUGAAAAACCCAGCAUUGUUGCAGUUCUUGACACACUCAAACCGGUGCGCCUGUCACCUACUACCAUUCCCCGUUCAAAUGCACUUAAAUAUUUUGACUUGCCCAUUCACCAUCUGAAUGGCACACACACAAUCCAUGUCUCAAUUGUCUCACGGCUUAAAAAUCCUUCUUUAACCUGUCUCCUCCCCUUCAUCUACACUGAUUGAAGUGGAUUUAACAGGUGACAUCAAUAAGGGAUCAUAGCUUUCACCUGGAUUCACCUGGUCAGUCUGUCAUGGAGAGAGUUCCUAAUGUUUUGUACACUCAGUGUAUGUACCACUAUUCACAUGAUAUACUGCACAUACUCUACUACCCUCAUAAUCUAGCUUUAAACGAGACAUCACAUAUCUUAAAACAGGGGUUCUCAACCUUUUUGGGUCAGGGGACCCCUUUUGUGAUAGCAAAUUCAUCAGGGACUCCCUCAUAAUCAGAACACAACUCGAGUGAGAUAAAAAAUAACAUACAAUAUGUUUUACUAUGACUUUGGCAGUGCAUGGCCGGACAAACCAAGUCUCUGGCCCGGGAAGGAACAUUUUGUCAUGGGGCAGAUAGAUGUUUUGUUGUUGCGGCUUUAAAACUAAUAUCCUGCAAUUCUAUUUUUUUUUGCCAUGAAUCAGAUUGAAAACUUUGCCAUUUUAAAGCUUAAAUUAAAGUGCAUUUAUGUACAAAAAUGUUUUUGGGGUGUGAGUUGAAAAAUGUAUAUUUGGUGGAGUACUGUGGAGACCAAUAUCCCUGAGAGCCUCCCAGGCCCAUGUUGCCCAGGGUUAAGAACAUACACUGUAGAUUAAUAAUAUUACAUCAUAUUGUAUUACACACUUUAAACUUAUUCCACAGAUCCUUAGGCCAAAGUCAUUUAAUCUGUUAGUAAUACAGUUGAAGGCGGAGGUUUACAUACACUUAGGUUGGAGUAAUUAAAACUUGUUUUUCAACCACUCCACAAAUGUCUUGUUAACAAACUAUAGUUUUGGCAAGUCGGUUAGGACAUCUACUUUGUGCAUGACACAAGUAAUUUUUCCAACAAUUGUUUACAGACAUAUUAUUUCACUUAUAAUUCACUGUAUCACAUUUCCAGUGGGUCAGAAGUUUACAUACACUUAGUUGACUGUGCCUUUAAACAGUUUGGAAAAUUCCAGAAAAUGAUGUCAUGGCUUUAGAACAGGGGUGUCAAACUCAUUUUAGCUCAGGGGCCACAUGGAGGAAAAUCUAUUCCCAAGUGGGCCGGUCCGGUAAAAUCAUGGUAUAUAUAACUUAAAAACAACAACUUCAGAUUGUUUUCUUUGUUUUAAUACUAUCAACAUAAAACAUAAAGCUGGAGCCUGAGGACAGUGUGUCCAAAAUAGUACAAGCACAACAUCACUAUUUAUCAUAAAACACCUGUAGUUUAUUUGAAAAUUCUAAAGAAAAAGAACACACAAACACACAAUGCCUCAGUGAUUCACAUAACUGUUUCACAGAUCACAUAACUAUAUCCGGGUGUCAUUUCUCAGGUAGAAAUGUAGAUACAAAUAAUGAAAUCCUGUUCCCCAAACAAGUGCAAGAACCACAGAGUCAAGAAUAGGUUAAAUAUACAAAUAAAAUAAAAUCAAUUAAAAACAAUAGCACAUAAAAACAUAUAAACAUAAAGCUGGAGCCUGAGGACAGUGUGUCCAAAAGCACAACAUCACUAUUAAUCAUAAAACACCUCAAGUUAUUUGAAAUUAUGAGGACAAACAACACACAAACACACAAUGCCUCAGUGAUUCACAGAAGUAUAUCACAGAUCACAGAACUAUAUCAGGGUGUCUCAUGCAGCACUUUAAGUGGGGUUGCAUAGUUUAUUUGACUCCUGAUACCUGGCAUCUUUUAGCUUUCACCAGCGCAUCAAUAUCAGGCGUCACAUCCUGAGUGGCAGCCAACUUCAGGAUGUGAUUCAAGUGCUUGUGCGUGAGCCUUGAGCGCAGCUUUGUUUUAUCCAUGACGUUAUCCAUCUUUAAUGACUUGCAACACAAAGCCUCCUGGUGCAAAAUACAGUGAAAAGUCCAAAAAUCACGUCCUCCAUUUGCAGAUUGCACUUUCUCUCUGAACUUUGUCACAACGCCUGCUUUUUUUCCCGAUAAUUGAGGGCGCACCAUCUGUAGCCAGGCUGACAGCGCGGGACCAGUCCACUCCGACCCUGUCCAGCGCGCCGACGAGUGCAGUGAAAAUAUCAGCUGCUGUCGUUGUAUCUGUCAUCGGCACCAACUCCACGAACUCCUCGGUGACGGUCAAUGUGUCAUCAACUCCGCGGAUGAAAAUGGCCAGUUGUGCAACAUCUGUAAUGUCCGUGCUUUCAUCAAUUGCAACCGAAAACGCAAUAAAUGACUUUACUUUUUGCUUCAACUGGCUGUCCAAAUCCACUGAAAGAUCGGAAAUCCUGUCUGCAACUGUGUUUCUUGUCAGGCUGAUAUUUGCAAAAGCCUGGUGCUUUUCAGGGCACACAAUCUCUGCUGCCUUCAUCAUGCAUGUUUUUACAAAUUCACCCUCACUAAAUGGUUUUGAAGCCACUGCGAUUUCAUUAGCAAUGAGGUAGCUAGCUUUCACUGCAGCGUCACUGAUGUCUCGGCUGUGAGUAAACACAGACUGCUGUUUCUUCAGACCCACCAACAGUUCAUUCACCUUCUCUCUUCUCCGCUGUCCUUGAAAGUUGUCAUAUUUGUCGGCAUGAAGACUCACAUAGUGGCGACGAAGGUUAUAUUCUUUCAGCACUGCAACAUGCUGUGAACACACCAAACCUACAGCUUUCCCAUUCAAUUCCGUGAAUAAAUAGAAGGAUGACAAUUUUUCUUGGAACACUCUGCACUCUGCGUCCACUUUUCUCUUUUUUGACAGAGACAUAUUGGGGCAAUGAGGGUGCCAAAGCACAUAAUGUUAAAAGUAGAAGCCGUAAUAAAUAUCGCGGGCAAAACAAAGUAGCUCAUCCGGACUGGCUGCACUUGCUUGACCUAUUUGCUCUGCCCCGGUAUAAACAGUUUGCUUGCUUAACACAAUUGCUAUUGCGCCAUCCAGUGGACACAAUUGGAACAGCAGUUUAUUUUAUUGAAAAAUUGCAGCUCAUUUUUAUACUUUACAAAAUCAUCUCGCGGGCCGGAUUAAACCCGUUUGCGGGCCUGAUCCGGCCCGCGGGCCGGACGUUUGACACCCCUGCUUUAGAAGCUUCUGAUAGGCUAAUUGACAUAAUUUGAGUCAAUUGGAGGUGUACCUGUGGAUGUAUUUCAAGGCCUACCGCCAAACUCAGUGCCUCUUUGCUUGACAUCAUGGGAAAAUCACAAGAAAUCAGCCAAGACCUCAGAAAUGUUUUUGUUGACCUUCACAAGUCUGGUUCAUCCUUGGGAGCAAUUUCCAAACGCCUGAAGGUACCACGUUUAUCUGUAAAAACAAUAGUACGUAAGUAUAAACACCAUGGGACCACGCAGCCGUCAUACCGCUCAGGAAGGAGACGCGUUCUGUCUCCUAGAGAUGAACGUACUUUGGUGCAAAAAGUGCAAAUCAAUCCCAGAACAACAGCAAAUGACCUUGUGAAGAUGGUGGAGGAAACAGGUACAAAAGUAUCAUUAUCCACAGUAAAACGAGUCCUAUAUCGACAUAACCUGAAAGGCCGCUCAGCAAGGAAGAAGCCACUGCUCCAAAACCGCUUUUAAAAAAGCCAGACUACAGUGAGCAACUGCACAUGGAGACAAAGAUCAUACUUUUUGGAGAAAUGUCGUCUGGUCUGAUGAAACAAAAAUAGAACUGUUUGCCAUAAUGACCAUCGUUAUGUUUGGAGGAAAAAGGCGGCCUUGCAAGCCGAAGAUCACCAUCCCAACCGUGAAGCACGGGGGUGGCAGCAUCAUGCUGUGGGGGUGCUUUGCUGCAGGAGGGACUGGUGCACUUCACAAAAUAGAUGGCAUCAUGAGGAUGGAAAAUUAUGUGGAUAUAUUGAAGCAACAUCUCAAGACAUCAGUCAGGAAGUUAAAGCUUGGUCGCAAAUGGGUCUUCCAAAUGGACAAUGACCCCAAGCAUACUUCCAAAGUUGUGGCAGAAUGGCUUAAGGACAACAAAGUCAAGGUAUUGGGGUGGCCAUCACAAAGCCCUGACCUCAAUCCUAUAGAACAUUUGUGGGCAGAACUGAAAAAGUGUGUAUGAGCAAGGAGGCCUAUAAACCUGACUCAGUUACACCAGCUCUGUCAGGAGGAAUAGGCCAAAAGUCACCCAACUUAUUGUGGGAAGCUUGUGGAAGGCUACCCGAAACGUUUGACCCAAGUUAAACAAUUUAAAGGCAAUCGUACCAAAUACUAAUUGAGUGUAUGUAAACUUCUGAUCCACUGGGAAUGUGAUUAAGGAAAUAAAAGCUUAAAUAAAUCAUUCUCUCUACUAUUAUUCUGACAUUUCACAUUCUUAAAUAAAGUGGUGAUCCUAACUGACCUAAGAUAGGGAAUUUUUACUAGGAUUAAAUGUCAGGAAUUGUGAAAAACUGAGUUUAAAUGUAUUUGGCUAAGGUGUAUGUAAACUUCCGACUUCAACUGUAUUAAUUUAUUUAUUUAUUACAUGUACAAAAAAAAGAGAUCUGGCCGCGGACCCCAGUUUGAUAACUCCUGCCUUAAAGGAUUACAUUAUAUGUCUCUAUGUUGUUUCUAUUGAUGCUGAAGUCAUGCACCGUCUGUUAUCUUACGCUCUCAUUUAAAUUUGUAUUGCUUUAAUUUGUCUAAGUUAACAAACAGAGUGUGGUGGUAGUGACAGCGGGGGGAAUAGGAACGGUGGGAGGAACGGUGGGAAGGACGGAGGGAAGGUUAAUUGUUUGUUAAGGGGAUGUUUGGAUGUUUAACAUGCAGAGGAGAGGUGGCAGUCUUCAGGGGCGAGACACAUGAGACACAUGUUCAACUUCAGGCCCAAUCUUAUGUGUGUUCAGAUAAAGUUGUUUUGUCUAGAGCAGACAUGCUUCUCUGUCAUGUGGAAAAAGGAAUCAUGUCCCCUCUAUAUACAGUUGCUCCCUCCUGAAUGUGACCUGGCAACCCAGUGUUUGUGUUCCACAAUGCAGAUGAAUGAAGAUGUUCUCCUGCUGAGGUGUUGUUUUCUAUGUGUUUGCCUGUGUUCUAAUUAGAGGAAGUUCCACUGUGCCAACAUGACAUCAUGGCCUCCCUGGGUCUACGCCCUCUAUGACUCUGUGAGUACUGAACACCCUUAUCGCUGUUCUAUAGGUUAGUGUCUUAACCUCUCAGGGCUAGAUAUAACUACUGUGUGUGCACAGACAGAACAUUGCCACUGUAACUUGAGUGAGCUGAUUUAUUCCAUAAUGCGUUUUAGAAAAAUACUGUAUGAGUUCAGUGACUGUUAAGACACACAUCCUGUUUGUAACCUGGUUUCUUGUGUUUGUCCCCCAGGAGACUCUGAUGAACAGAGUGAAGAGACAGCUCCAUGAGUGGGACGAGAACCUCAAGGAUGAUUCCCUCCCCACAAACGCGAUAGGUACAACUCCCUGGUCUACCCUAUAGGCUACUGUAUAUUCCUGCCACCUAAAACCAUAAAAUCUUUAGGUACUUCUUCCAACCUCAAAGAUAGCGAAUCCUGAACUGUAACAUUCCCGCUCCCCAUCCCUCCUUCCUGUCAGAUUUCUCCUACAGAGUGGCAGCCUGUUUGCCCAUAGACGAUGCCCUCCGGCUCCAGCUGCUGAAGAUAGGCAGUGCCAUCCAGAGGCUGCGCUGUGAGCUGGACAUCAUGGACCGGGUGAGCACACACAGACAGACACAGACAUAUGAACGCAGGCGCACCCACACAGAGCCAUAAAUACACAUCACUAAACCUUACAAUUUAAAGGCCAGGUACACUGCUCAAUACAUGAACCAGGCGAGGACACACAGAGCCUUAUCCACACACUGUUUGAUAUGUAACCCUACACCCACCACGAAUCCAUCCAGCUGUACCCCAACUGAUCUAAUCUUACCCCUACUCCUCCCUGUUGUUCUGUGGCAGACUCCCCUGCCUCUCCCUCCCCUCUCUUCCCUCUCCGUUCUCUUUACUCUACUCUAAUGCACUAGUUUUAUAUUUAGCCACUGCCUAUAUAGAGUGAUGAUCAUUUCCCCUCUCUGAGGUGGUGGGUCGGAGAUGCUGCCUUCUUUUGUGAGCUUUCCCAGGCAUUGAGAGCUCUGCCAGUGUUAAAGCACCUCUUCUCUAAUCCAUCGCUCUGACUAGAGCUGGGACGAUAAACCGAAAAUUACAGAUGCCGACAUUGCCUUCCUCUUACCAAAGCAUUUUGCUUACGUCGGUAAUUUUCUGUGAUUUUGCUGCUAAAUGUUCUUGUUCUAAAACCAUUAUUUGGUCAACAGUAAUUGCCUAUGCAUUAUGUUGAUUCCUGCUAUAAAAGUAUCUGACUGUCCCUGUUUCGCUGUCGGCUGCUGACUCUCUCACUCCCUCUCCCCACUGUGCGCACGGAGGCGGGAGAGAUGCAGUCUGAUAAGCACAAGUGUAAUAUGCUUGUGCUUAUCCCGCAAUUGCUCAAAAUGCAAUUGUUCUAGUUAAAGAGAGGAGAGUCAAAGCUUGCCUUCGGAAAGUAUUCAGACCCAUUGACUUUUUCCACAUUUUGUUACGUUACAGCCUUAUUCUAAAAUUGAUUAAAUUGUUUUCCCCCUCAUCAAUCUACACACAAUACCCCAUAAUGACAAAGCAAAAACCGGUUUUUAGAAAUGUUUGCUAAUUUAUUACAAAUAAAGGAUAUAAAACAUUUACAUAAAUAUUCAGACCCUUUACUCAGUACUUUGUUGAAGUACCUUUGGCAGCGAUUACAACCUCGAGUCUUCUUGGGUAUGGUACAAGCUUGGCACACCUGUAUUUGGGGAGUUUCUCCCAUUCUUCUCUGCAUAUCCUCUCAAGCUCUGUCAGGUUGGAAGGGGAGGGUCGCUGCACAGCUAUUUUCAGGUCUCUCCAGAAAUGUUCGAUCGGGUUCAAGUACGGGCUCUGGCUGGGCCACUCAAGCAUAUUCAGAGACUUGUCCCGAAGCCACUCCUGUGUUGUCUUGGCUGUGUGCUUAGGGUUGUUGUCCUGUUGGAAGGUGAACCUUUGCCCCAGUCUGCGGUCCUGAGUGCUCUGGAGCAGGUUUUCAUCAAGGAUCUCUCUGUACUUUGCUCCGUUCAUCUUUCCCUCGAUCCUGACUAGUCUCCCAUUCCCUGCCGCUGAAAAACAUCCCCACAGCAUGAUGCUGCCACCACCAUGCUUCACCGUAGGGAUGGUAUUGGCCAGGUGAUGAGCGGUGCCUGGUUUCCUCCAGACGUGACGUUUGGCAUUCAGGCCAAAGAGUCAAUCUUGGUUUCAUCAGACCAGAGAAUGCUGUUUCUCAUGGUCAGAGUCCUUUAGGUGCCUUUUGGCAAACUCCAAGCGGGCUGUCAUGUGCCUUUUACUGAGGAGUGGCUUCCGUCUGGCCACUCUACCAUAAAGGCCUGAUUGGUGGAGUGCUGCAGAGAUGGUUGUCCUUCUAGAAGGUUCUCCCAUUUCCACAGAGGAACUCUGGAGCGCUGUCAGAGUGACCAUCGGGUUCUUGGUCACUUCCCUGACCAAGGCCCUUCUCCCACAAUUGCUCAGUUUGGCCGGGCGGCCAGCUCUAGGAAGUGUCUUGGUGGUUCCAAACUUCUUCCAUUUAAGAAUGAUGGAGGCCACUGUGUUCUUGGGGACCUUCAAUGCUGCAGAAUGUUUUUGGUACCCUUCCCCAGAUCUGUGCCUCGACACAAUCCUGUCUCUGAGCUCUACGGACAAUUCCUUUGACCUCAUGGCUUGGUUUUUGCUGUGACAUGUACUGUCAACUGUGGGACCUUAUAUAGACAGGUGUGUGCCUUUCCAAAUAAUGUCCAAUCAAUGGAAUUUACCACAGGUGGACUCCAAUCAAGUUGUAGAAACAUCUCAAGGAUGAUCAAUGGAAACAGGAUGCACCUGAGUUCAAUUUCGAGUGUCAUAGAAAAGGUUCUGAAUACUUAUGUAAACAAGCUAAACACCUGUUUUCGCUUUGUCAUUAUGGGGUAUUGUGUGUAGAUUGAAGGAAAACAUAAUUUAAUCAAUUUUGUGAAUAAGGCUGUAAGGUAACAAAAUGUGAAAAAAGUGAAGGGGUCUGAAUACUUUCCAAAUGCACUGUAUGAGUGACUAUCCAACACACCACCUGGUGUUAUGUUGGGCACCUACUGACCCUAAAAAUUCCUCAAUGACAUGUAUUGCUAAAUAAAAAGGUUUAAGGAAGUACCAAGCAGGCACCACAUUAAUACAAGACAAAACAGCUUGCUCAAUCAAGCAUGAUGGUCUUGUAAGUAUAAAAGGAAAGCUUGUUUAAUAUAAUUAUUUUAAAGGUGAAAAGGUAGUGUAAUGGGAUUAGUGUGGUGUGUAAAGAAUCCAAUACUUGACCUUGUAUGCGGUACAAAUCACAUUAUUGUGGAAGCACCUCCUCUAAGAGUAUGAAUUAGGCUGUUUUGAGAAGGUUUGAAUCCUAAGCAACCUGCCUACACAUUGUUUGAAAUACAAUAGACCAACAUAGCUACUGUAGUAGGUUAAAGCUGUGUGCUGGAAAACCUUGGUAGAGCAUGGGUGGAGUAGGCAUUGUGGUGCUCAUGUGGAUUUUCUUUUUCUGCAUCAGACCAAUGCCUACUUCUCACUUAAAACAAAAAGUGUUGUUUUUAAUAAACAAGGAUUCGGAGCACACAAAGACAUACUCUCCCAGUUGUUGGACUCGCUUAUGAUUUCAGCAAGAUCAUAGAAAUGGAAUUAGAAUGGUAUAAGAUUAGAACAGUAAUCUCUUUGGGCAAGACCAUUAAGAGGUGAUAGAUGUGUUUGUCAGUAUGGCUAGAUCAAUAUGUGAGGUAAUUCUCUAGCUCCAACUUUCUGAUUUUAAGAUAUGUACUCCCCUGCUUUUGCCUGGAGAAUGAGGGUUACACGCACCCCUAGCGAGGUGGCCAAUUACAGGCUGUUACAUAACCUCCUAGCACAGGCAAUAACAACAGUGAUGUUUGCUACUGCUACAGAAGUUGGAUUGAACAUGAAGUCAUAUAUGUUGCGUUUUCUCCCACAGUGCACCUCGCUGUGUUGCAAGCAGUGCCAAGAUACGGAGAUCACCACCAAGAACGAGAUCUUCAGGUGAGGGAGAGGAGAUGAGGGAGAGAUGCAUCUAGACUGUCCCAAUAGUGUGUGUGUGUGUGUGUGUGUGUGUGUGUGUGUGUCUGUAGAGUAGUCUAACACUGGUUGUCAGUGAGUCAGAAUGAGCUGGUAUUGUGUGUGGGCAUUGGGAUUGCAUGUGUCUACUUUGCUCCCUCCACCUCCCUCUGUCAGUCUCAGUGGGGGGUGUGGUCUGUUGACUGAGGUAGUCGCUUUAGAUGAGACGAGCCUUUGAUUGCAGACAAGUCCAUGGCACCACUACCAGAGCUACUCUCCCCCGUUCCUCCACCCGACCCCUCUCCCCUCCACUCUCUACUCCUCUCCCAUUCCCCUCUCACCAUCCACCCCCCUCCCCUCCACCCCUCUCCCCCUACCCUUCUGCCCUCCACCCUCCCUGUCCUCUUGUCACUUGACCCCCCUGGGGCAGCCAGUCUUCUUGUCACCUGGGGCAGGACAGGGCAGCUAAUGACUAGAAAUUAAUUAGCUGACCUUUAGUUCCAUUUUGGACACGACUGUUUGGCAUUUGGUUAACCUCCCACACACACACACACACUUUUAAACGCAUGAUCUUCUAGCGUCGCUAACAAGUCGAUGCAUCCACUCAUCACAUAAGCAGCAUUUCUCUGAGGCCACUCGGUGCUUCCUGCCUACACCAACCAGACACACAGACUGACACUGACCGGAUGACAGUAGGAGUAGUGAAUAAUCUCAUGUUGGCAUAUAUUCCAUUCAUGAGACCUAAAACAAAAAAAACUAGUGACAGGAGGCGAGGCUAGUACACUACAACAAUGUAGCAGCAGUCUUGGUCUCAGUAAUGAAUGGAAAGAUGCGCUGACUGAAACAUUUAAACAGGACAAAUAUUUAGAUAUUGAAUGUUGACUGUGUGUAAUAUUUAAAAAGGUCAUAAAGUUUGGAUUAAACAGACUCUCAACAUAACAUCCAUUUAGUGGGUUUCCAGAACCUGAGGGGCAGGCUGUCUUGAUGGUAAUGGACCAGCUGCCAUGGCCAUUGGGCUUUUUAGCAGAAGUUGAGAACCGUUCAUGUGUGUUAGCAAUUGUAAAUAAUUUGCUUAAUGCUGCAAUAUGUAACUUUUUGGGCUACCUGACCAAAUUCAAAUAGAAAUGUGUGGUAUAGAUCUGUCAUUCCCAUUGAAAGCAACUCUAAGAAGCGGUAGAUCUGUUCUAUGUGCACUAUUUCUAUGCUUUCCGUGCUUAACAUGCUGACUACACCGGGCACAUGUGCGCCCGUGCACGCCAUCGCACGCAUGUUGAUUUUGUCCAUCCACACCAGACACGAUCAGGACACGCAGGUUGAAAUAUCAAAACGAACUCUGAACCAACUAUAUUAAUUUUGGGACAGGUCGAAACACAUAUGAAACGUUCAUGGACAUUUAGCUAGCUAGCUUGAUGUUGCUAGCUAAAUUGUCCUGGGAUAUAAACAUUGGGUUGUUAUUUUCCCUGAAAUGUACAAGGUCAAUUUUUUUUUGCUGGAUCUUUGUAGAAUUUGGACUCAUUUUGAGUCACACACAAUCGUGUGUUCUCUACGCCGACAAUUAAUCCACAGAUAAAAGGGGAAACCUAGUUAGUUUUUCGUAAUCUCUCCUCGUUCAGUCUUCUUUUCUUUUUCUGUGGAUUUUAUAUGGCGGUUGGCAACCAACUUUAAGGUGCAUUACCACCACCAACUGGACUGGAGUGUGGACCUCGUUCAUCUUUCAAUCACCGGGUAUAUGCUCCUAAAAACCAAUGAGGAGAUGGGAGAGGCAGGACUUGCAGCACGUCAAGCCAAGUUCUAUUUUAGCGCCUGGCUACGCAGACGCUCGUUUACGUGCUCUAGCAGUUUGGAUGAAAUGAUUGAAUAACAUUUAUGUGUACAUUUAUUUUGCAACUCUCACGCAUGCAACACGGGUGGUGUGGUCAGCAUGUAAGUUUCAUUUUUGCGUCUUCUACUUUGUUUUGUACACCAGCUUCAAACAGCUGAAAAUACAAUAUUAUUCGUUAUGGAAAAUAUAUUUCACAGCAGUUUAGAUGGUACAAUGAUUCUCUAAACUAUAUUUGCUUGUUUUGUCACAUAAACUGAAAUUAAGCUAACUGUUAGAAUUUCUGCAUCCAAGAAAUGGCGGGGCGAUAUCUGCAUAGUGCAUCUUUAAAGACCCAUUAAAUUGAAUAAUAACUAUAAUCUGUAAAUCCUCAAAUGGUUUGGAGUUUAUCAUCAGUGUCCCUGAACACUCAGUACUUUAUCUAUGGGGUCAUCAGAGUGGUAUGGAUACACUGUUAGUGUGUGUGUGUUUGAGAUAUUGAGUGUUCCAAAACGCAGGCAACCAAAAGCAGUUUUCUCCAGACCUGUGUUCUGUUCUGUGCAGCCCUGCUAGUGAACAGGCAGAUCUACAUAAACUCAGCAAAAAAAUAUACGUCCUCACUGUCAACUGCGUUUAUUUUCAGCAAACUUAACGUGUAAAUAUUUGUAUGAACAAAAUAUGAUUCAACAACUGAGACAUAAACUGAACAAGUUCCACAGACAUGACUAACAGAAAUUGAAUAAUGUGUCCCUAAACAAAGGGGGGUCAAAAUCAAAAGUAACAGUCAGUAUCUGGUGUGGCCACCAGCUGCAUUAAGUACUGCAGUGCAUCUCCUCCUCAUGGACUGCACCAGAUUUGCCAGUUCUUGCUGUGAGAUGUUACCCCACUCUUCCACCAAGGCACCUGCAAGUUCCCGGACACUUCUGGGGGGAAUGGCCCUAGCCCUCACCCUCCGAUCCAACAGGUCCCAGACGUGCUCAAUGGGAUUGAGUUCCGGACUCUUCGCUGGCCAUGGCAGAACACUGACAUUCCUGUCUUGCAGGAAAUCACGCACAGAACAAGCAGUAUGGCUGGUGGCAUUGUCACCGGAGACACUUGAAACCCCACCUCUUUAAGGAAUACCUGGGAUAGGAUAAAGUAAUCCUUCUACCCCCCCCCCUUACCCCACCCCCCAAAAUUUUUUUAAUUAAAUAAUAUUCUUAAGUGGUUGUCCCACUGCGUAUCAUAAGGUGAAUGCACCAAUCUGUAAGUCGCUCUGUAUAAGAGCGUCUGCUAAAUGCUGGGGGUCAUGUCAGGAUGAGCCUGCAGGAAGGUACCACAUGAGGGAGGAGGAUGUCUUCCCUGUAACGCACAGCGUUGAGAUUGCCAGCAAUGACAACAAGCUCAGUCCGAUAAUGCUGUGACACACCGCCCCAGACAAUGACAGACCCUCCACCUCCAAAUCGAUCCCACAACAGAGUACAGGCCUCGGUGUAACGCUCAUUCCUUCGACGAUAAACGCGAAUCCGACCAUCACCCCUGGUGAGACAAAACCGCGACUCGUCAGUGAAGAGCACUUUUUGUCAGUCCUGUCUGGUCCAGCGACGGUGGGUUUGUGCCCAUAGGCGAUGUUGUUGCCGGUGAUGUCUGGUGAGGACCUGCCUUACAACAGGCCUACAAGCCCUCAGUCCAGCCUCUCUCAGCCUAUUGCGGACAGUCCGAGCACUGAUGGAGGGAUUGUGCGUUCCUGGUGUAACUCGGGCAGUUGUUGUUGCAAUCCUGUACCUGUCCCGCAGGUGUGAUGUUCGGAUGUACUGAUCCUGUGCAGGUGUUGUUACAUGUGGUCUGCCACUGCGAGGACGAUCAGCUGUCCGUCCUGUCUCCCUGUAGCGCUGUUUUAGGUGUCUCACAGUACGGACAUUGCAAUUUAUUGGCCACAUCUGCAGUCCUCAUGCCUCCUUGCAGCAUGCCUAAGGCACGUUCACGCAGAUGAGCAGGGACCCUGGGCAUCUUUCAUUUUGUGUUUUUCAGAGUCAGUAGAAAGGCCUCUUUAGUGUCCUAAGUUUUCAUAACUGUGACCUUAAUUGCCUACUGUUUGUAAGCUGUUAGUGCACCGUUCCACAGGUGCAUGUUCAUUAAUUGUUUAUGGUUAAUUGAACAAGCAUGGGAAACAGUGUUUAAACCCUUUACAAUGAAGAUCUGUGAAGUUAUUUGGAUUUUUACAAAUUAUUAUUAUUAGUUAAUUUUUUAGCUGAGUUUAGCUGAUGACUAAUGAUCUGUUUAAUAAAGUACGCGUUUCAAACACACUAGAUUAAUGAAGCUGCAGGUGCAUGUGUACUCCUGCUCAAAUUAGAGCGAGUAAGGAAGGGUUAAGCAACUUGGUGUCUCUUGUUUGACAUUCAUCUAGUUAAGUUUCAUAACCAUCUCUCUGGCUACUGUCCCAGUCUGUCUGUCUAUACUGUCUGAUUCAACCUUACUCCAACCUUAGUCCCCUCGCCUGGGUCAUUGUAGUAUGUUGGUGUAAUUCUAGAAUAUUUGUAUACUUUUAGAAUAUUUGUAGUUUUAGUCUAUUCGUAUACUUUAAUAUUUGCAUGUCAUUUGUACACUCAAUUCAGCCGUUUUUUGUACAAUGUGGUUCAGAUAAUAAAAACAUUCUCUACCCUGGUCUCCUCACUCACUUUCUCUCCCUCUCCCCAUCCCCUCUCCCCCCUCACACUCCUCCAGCUUGUCUCUGUAUGGCCCCAUGGCAGCCUAUGUCAACCCCCACGGUUACGUCCAUGAGACCCUGACCGUCUACAAAGCCAGCAACCUCAACCUGGUCGGCAGGCCGUCUGUGCUCCACAGCUGGUUUCCAGGGUAACCCCUCUCUAUACAUGCCUAACACAUAUACAGUACCAGUCAAAAGUUUGGACACACCUACUCAUUCAAGGGUUUUUCUUUAUUUUUGCUAUUUUCUACAUUGUAGAAUAAUAGUAAAGACAUCAAAACUAUGAAAUAACACAUAUGGAAUCAUGUAGUAACCAAAAAAGUGUUAAACAAAUCGAAAUAUAUUUUAUUUUAGAGAUUCUUCAAAUAGCCAUCCUUUGCCUUGAUGACAGCUUUGCACACUCUUGGCAUUCUCUCAACUAUCUUCAUGAGGAAUGCUUUUCCAACAGUCUUGAAGGAGUUCCUACAUAUGCUGAGCACUUGUUAGCUGCUUUUUCCUUCACUCUACGGUCCAACUCAUCCCAAACCAUCUCAAUUGGGUUGAGGUCGGGUGAUUGUGGAGGCCAGGUCAUCUGAUGCAGCCCUCCAUCACUCUCCUUCUUGGUCAAAUAGCCCUUACACAGCCGUGAGGUGUGUUGGGUCAUUGUCCUGUUGAAAAACAAAUGAUAGUCCCACUAAGCGCAAACCAGAUAGGAUGGCGUAUCGCUGCAGAAUGCUGUGGUAGCCAUGCUGGUUAAGUGUGCCUUGAAUUCUAAAUAAAUCACAGACAGUGUCACCAGCAAAGCACCCCUACAUCAUCACACCUCCUCCUCCAUGCUUCUUGGUGGGAACCACACAUGCAGAGAUCAUCUGUUCACCUACCCUGCGUCUCACAAAGACAUGGCGGUUGGAACCAAAAAUCUCAAAUUUGGACUCAUCAGACCAAAGGACAGAUUUCCACUGGUCUAAUGUCCAUUGCUCGUGUUUCUUGGCCCAAGCAAGUCUCUUCUUAUUAUUGGUGUCCUUUAGUAGUGGUUUCUUUGCAGCAAUUCGACCAUGGCCCGAUUCAUGCAGUCUCCUCUGAACAGUUGAUGUUGAUGUGUCUACUACUUGAACUCUGUGAAGCAUUUAUUUGCGCUGCAGUCUCAGGUGCAUUUAACUCUAAUGAACUUAUCCUUUGCAGCAGAGGUAAUUCUCGGUCUUCCUUUCCUGUGGCGGUCCUCAUGAGAGCCAGUUUCAUCAUAGCGCUUGAUGGUUUUUGCGACUGCACUUGAAGAAACUUUCAAAGUUCUUGAAAUGUUCCGGAUUGACUGACCUUCAUGUCUUAAAGUAAUGAUGGACUGUUGUUUCUCUUUGCUUAUUUGAGCUGUUCUUGCCAUAAUAUGGACUUGGUCUUUUACCAAAUAGGGCUAUCUUCUGUACCCCCCCCCCCCCCCCACCUUGGAUCAACACAACUGAUUGGCUCAAACGCAUUAAGAAGGAAAUAAAUUCCACAAAUUAACUUUUAAGAAGGCACACCUGUUAAUUGAAAUGCAUUCCAGGUGACUACCUCAUGAAGCUGGUUGAGAGAAUGCCAAGAGUGUGCAAAGCUGUCAUCAAGGCAAAGGGGGGCUACUUUGACGAAUCUCAAAUAUAAAAUAUAUUUUUAUUUGUUUAACACUUUUUUGGUUAUUACAUGAUUCCAUAUGUGUUAUUUCAUAGUUUUGAUGUCUUCACUAUUAUUCUACAAUGUAGAAAAUAGUAAAAAUAAAGAAAAACCCUUGAAUUAGUAGGUGUGUCCAAACUUUUGACUGGUACUGUACAUUCCCUCGCUCUCACACAUUUAGAUAUACACCAACCCAUUCCCCACACUAUACAAACUCACCCCACAGCCUUACACUCACAAAUUACAUUCUCAAGUGACAGACACAUGUACAGUAUACACACUGACAGAUGUAAACAUACAUUGCACUAUUGAAAUGUACUGUACUUUUGAGGUGUUCAUAAUAAUGUAAUAAAUUAUUCAUAAUAUUAAUCAUUUAAGAAAAUAAUAUAAUAAAUUAUUAUUAGCACCUGUCACGUUACCCAGGUUGUGUGAUCUUGGACACAUUAAUAACAUUUUUGGUCCAUGAAUAAUUUAAGCUGCCAAAGACCUGAAAGCAAAAGGCUCUGGCCUUUUGGUGUACUGUCAUUUUUUGCAUCGUUUGUCAUUUUUGGCAUCAUGUUGUCAAUAUGAGGUGCCUUGUAUUCAUUGAGCUUUAUUUAAAACCAACUUCGUCUCAGUGGGGAUAUACACAUACUGUGUGUGUGUGCACGCAACACCAGGCUUGCUUGACCAUAUUGACAUAGAGCCGGAACUUUUGGAGAGCAGUGGAGAGCUCCCCUGGGUUCUCAGUGGUUCUGUUACGUAAGGCAUCUUCAACCAAAGCCACUCAUCAGUCCUCAGCGCUCCUCAUCACUCCUGUGUUAGCCUCCUGUAAUAAUGACAGUAAUAGCUUCCUCCACUUAUCCUCCCCAUGGGCUGGCACUUGUCAAGAUUAGUCUUAUUCAAGUCCUCUCAGAGGGGAGCUAUGGAGGUAGAGGAGGAAGGAAGAAAGGUAUUGUGCUCCUUGUGCUCCACUCAACCGCUCUGUGCCGCACUGCUCUUCUGGUCUGGUGAAGGGUGCUAUUACAGCCUGUCAGCAUAAGUUGUUCUGAGAAGACAUGUUGUGGAGAGAGCAACAGACACACAGCAUGACAGAUUUAGGCUGUUUACUGCCAUUUUCAUCUGUUGAUUGAAAGUGCUUCUGUGUGAUACUUGUCAUGCAGCCACUUCAAAUGGUAGGUUGUUGCCAGGAAGAGAACCCUGGGAAACGUCUUAAUUGAACAGGUGUCAGAUAGGAGAGAAAAGGUAAGUGGAGUGGUUUGUCUGUGUGCCUUCCUUCCUUUGCCUGGCCCGCCACCAUUCCCACGUGACAGCCAGAUAGGGUUUUGGUUUGCGGAGAAAAUGGAGAGGGGAUGAGAGAGGGGAUUGUAUUGAUUAGACACAGUCUGUGUUCUUUCUCUAUGUAAUGUCUGCGCAUGAGAGCCUCAGAAAGCCCCAGGCCUCUAUUCGCAAUGCUGUCUGGUAUGCCAUAAUACUGUAUGAUGAGGGGAAUUGGAAGACAGCCAACUAGGGUAUUAGUUUCUGUGUCAGAUGCCUUAUGUCAACAAUAAGAAGUGUGGCAUGCUGCACAAAUCUCUCCCCCCCCCCCCCAGGUAUGCCUGGACGAUCGCUCAGUGUCAGACAUGUGGCUCCCACAUGGGCUGGAAGUUCACGGCCACCAAGAAGGAUUUGUCCCCGCCUCGUUUCUGGGGCCUGACCCGCUCAGCCAUGCUGCCCCGCAUUCCCCAGAUGGAGGGCCAGGAGGGGGACGAGGGCUCCCGCCUGCUCUGCCUGUGA